GGAUGUCUCAGGUAAGCGAGGCUGAUGCCAAGGCUACCACAAUGAAGACGCGCCUUGACGCGUAAAGUGCUCGUCUGACGUCGUGAUUCAUUUCCUCCUUCGCUGCAUCUUAUGAUCUGACAACAGUCUGCUGCAAAUGGAUGAGAAAUGGCCAUCGAGGCGCUGCCUGAGAACACCAUACGUGUCAUCGGGUCAUCGCUUGUGCUCAACGACGCCAAGUCAGUUGUCAAGGAGCUCGUCGACAACGCACUCGACGCACGUGCAACCGCCGUCAGUAUCGAGAUUGCCAACAACACCCUAGACGUCAUUCAAGUCAAGGACAACGGGACUGGGAUCGAUAUUCAAGACAGACAACUCCUGUGCAAACGAGGUUGCACCUCCAAGAUCAGAAAUCUGGACGACCUUGCUCGACUCGGAGGUUCAUUUUUGGGCUUUCGUGGGGAAGCCCUUUCGAGUAUAGCCGAACUAAGUCGAGAUGUGGUGGUCACGACACGAGUUGAUGGGGAGGUUGUUGCCACAUCACUCAAGUAUGUCGCAUCAGGCAUGUUGAGUUCCUCCUCAGCUUCACACCCCGUCGGUACGACAGUAAGAGUACAAGAUCUCCUCACCAAUAUACCAGUAAGAAGGCAGACAGCGUUAAAGGCAACCAUCAAGACACUGCAAGCUAUCAAGAACCUCCUUUUUGCGUUUGCUUUUGCUAGACCAGACGUGCGCUUUUCUUUGAAAGUCUUGAAAGGGAAGAAUGAAAAGCUGAACUGGACUUAUGCGGCUAGUCGAAAUGACUCAUUAGCGGAAGUCGCCGCAAAGAUUGUAGGCAAGGAAGUCGCAGCGGAAUGCACGGAAUGCAAGGUAUCGUCAAUCGAAGUUGAUGACCAGAUUGACGACGGCUGGGAGAUUCAAGCACUUCUCGUCUCGGCGGACGCAGAUCUCACUAAGGUUCGCAAUGGCCCUCAGUUCAUAUCCGUGGAUGGCAGGCCCGUCAGCAUGGAUAGAGGAACCAUGAAGGAGAUCGCCAAAACCUACAAGCACCAUCUACAACGCAUUUUCUCUGGCUCGAAUAACACCUCGAUAUCACGACUGUUUACUUACAUGCAAAUACGCUGCCCACCGGAGAGCUACGACGUGAAUAUCGAGCCCGCAAAAGAUGAAGUCUUAUUCUUCCGGCCGAAGUCCUUGUUAUCAUUAAUCGAGACUCUGCUUCAGAAGGCCUACCCUGGCAAUGCGGCCACCGCGGGUGAGACCCAAGUAUCAGAAAAAAGCUCAGUUACGGUCUCGGCUGGUGACACACCACACAAGGAUAUGUAUCAUAUUGAUUUGGACGAUAUGGAACUACCAGUAAGCCCAACCGGUGGCAUACUAGCCCAACAGGAGAGCGAGCCCGAAGAUCGACCGACAGCACUUAGGAACCCUUUUACAAUUGCUGCAAUGAACAGGAUCAUAUCACCGAAGAAGAUGGAUGAAACUCAUAUCGCGGACCAGAUGCAACCAUCAACGCAGGAUUUGACCCAACAUCAUACUCCAGUGGUCACACAUACACGUAGAAUACCCUUGGGUCCCGGUCCACAGCCACCUUCGCCAGUUGGGUCUGAAACACAAUCUAUGCCAUACCAAAAUCCCGGCCCUCCAUUGAGACCCUGGGCCAAAGCUGCUAGGCGUAGUGUCGAUGAGGAGACAGAUCCACCAGCUCCCCGAAGACACAGCCCCGACACCUCGCCGGAGAGAACGAGUCUGCAAGACUGGCUCACACCCGUAUCGGGACAGCGUCAGCGUUUGACGCACCGAGCUGGUGGGCUUAUGGGAUCGGAAGCUCGCUCGCCUGCAGGCCCUCAGCCGCCGCUGUUGGCAACGAAUGCCAACCGCGACAGCGGUCCGUCAGUACGUGCUUCAAGCUUUUCCGCAGACCCGAGUUGGGGUCCAGGUCAAAGACCCUUCAAAUCACCAUUGAAACGCCUAACGCAGGGUCGACUACAAGAGUCCUCGGGUUUACCGUCCCCAGCAAGUCCCAUUGAUAUACCUUGCCGAACUACGGAAGGCUCUGAGCAUUCUUCCGCUCUCGAUGCUGAAUUGACCCAGAUCAUGGACUUCGAGCGAAGGAAAAAGGCUGCAAUUGCUCGCCACAAGGAGCUCGCAAACAAGAGCUCGACCAGAUCUAUCAAAGAACUGCUUAGUCGACCCGGUGAACCCGGAAACAUAGGCAACUCGGUCUCGAAUUCUGAUGAUCGUUCUGUUGCAGACUUCGAUGCUCGGUUUGGACGCAACGCAGACAUCGCUCCUGAGCCGCCAGAACCGAAGUCAACACCACAUCAUAAUCGCUAUCUAGCAGCUAGACGAGAUCUAUCUCACGCCCAUCCCCCACCGAGCGCAAUUUCGCCAUUCGUGCGAGACACCGAGGACAAUGACUCAUCCCACAAGCGACUCCCUGAUCAGCCAUCUGACCGACCUCGACUCUCCGACGACGAUCCGAGAGCCUACCUCAUGAAGCAGCAGCAACGGCUCAAAGCCGGCAACUCAAGACUUUACCGAUCCAAAUCUUCCAAAUUACCCUUUGAGAGUUUUUCUCCUGACGCAAUGACUCUGAAUCUUGUUGUUACAACGAACACAUUUGAGGACGUUGUUGAAUUUCGAACCUACGUCCAGACCUUUGCAACGACUGAUCGAUAUAUCAGAUCUGGCGAAAUGAGUUACGAAAAUUUGUUAUUAUGCGAUAUGACGAUUGACGAUGAUUGCGCAAACGCGCUGAGGGAGGUUGUGAAAGCCCAGUACCGCUACAAAAAUCUCAACGGUGAAGGGCUUGUACCCCAUAUGAAGAUUGCAAUAUCGAAGGAGACCAUCAAUCAAGACAAGGAGUUGCUAGAUGUUUAGAAGAAGUGGUACGUGCUGAGAGAUUGAUACCAUCAGAGCGUUAUUUCUAUGGGCGUGUUCGGCUGAUGAUGCCUCCGACUUCGUC